AUGUCUGAGUCGAUCGAAAAGCGUGGUAUCGAGAUGGUCGAGGAGGCAAGCGAGAAACUCGAGGGCGGUCUGAUUGUCACCUACCACAUCGAUCCCAAAGAUGAGAAAGCUGUUCUGAGGAAGCUUGAUCGUGUCAUCCUUCCUCUCAUGGCUCUUGUUUACUUCUUUCAAUACCUCGACAAGCAAAGCAUCAACUAUGCCGCCGUCUUUGGUCUUGAGGAAGAUCUGAAACUGUCUGGUUCAGAGUUCUCGUGGGCCAUCUCCAUCUUCUACUUUGGUCAAUUCGUGUCCGAGUACCCUGCGGCGUAUCUCAUGAGCAGAUUUCCUAUCACAUUGUUCGUCGGAAUCACAGUGAUUCUUUGGGGUAUCGCAGAGAUGUGCUUGGGCGCCACCACCAACUGGACAACAAUUGCUGUUGCUCGUUUCUUCCUCGGUCUGACCGAAGGUGCAGUCGCGCCAUCUUUCAUGAUAAUCACGAGUGGCUGGUACAAGCGCAGCGAGCACCCGAUCCGUAUCGCCACGUGGGUUUCUAUGUUCGGUAUCUCGCAGAUCGUCGGUGGUACCAUGAUGUACGGUAUUGGCAACGGAAACCUUGCCUUGGCAUCCUGGAGAGUGCUUUUCCUUAUCUGCGGUGGACUCACAGUUGCCUGCGGUAUCCUCUUUGUCAGUUUCAUGCCACGGAGCACGACCACCGCUUGGUUUCUCACUGAACGCGAGCGCGCCAUCGCUACUGAACGUCUUGCUGUCGAUCGUGCGACACGGGAUAGGUCCUCCUUUGACACCACUCAGUUGAAGGAAGCAUUUAUCGACCCACGCACAUGGCUCUAUGCGCUCAUGGCUCUCUGCAUUACGCUGCCAACUCCCAUCGUCAAGUUCUCGUCCCUCGUCAUUAAAGGAUUCGGUUUCACCUCUUUCCGCACCAUGUUGGUCGGAUUGCCAUCAGGUGGAGUUUCUUUCGUAUUGGUGUGGAUUGGUGCCCUCGGCCCUACCUACUUUUCCAACUCCCGCUGGCUGGUCGGUAUCUUCGUCGCAUCGAUGCCUUUGAUGGGAACCCUACUCCUCCUCCUGUUGCCGGCUAGCAACAGCUGGGGCAUUGUCGUCGCCACGUGGUUUGCUGGCUCCACGGCGCCCCCGCUGAGCGUGGCUGUAGGCCUCAUGGCUUCGAAUGUGAAAGGAAACACCAAGAAGUCGGUAGUGAGCGCGAUUUUCUUCGUGUUUUACACAGUUGGUUGUAUCACCGGACCUCAGCUAUGGCAAAAGGAGGAUGCACCCCGUUAUACCAAGGGAUGCAUCACCAGUGUAGUCGCCUGGUGUGCUUUGAUUGUUCUUUUCGUAGUCCAUUACUUCACAGCAAGAGCGAGCAACAAGAAAAGAGAUGUAGCGACGGGAGAUGUCUCUGUUCACCGAGGUGAAGACUCAGAUCAAGUUGGCGUAAGUGUCGAUUCAGAUCUCACGGAGUUGCAGGAUGCUCUUUUCAGGUAUAGCUACUGA